AUGAAAAAUAAUGCGACUAUUGUUGCAGGAAAUGGAGCGGGCAACGGAUUAAAUCAACUCAAUUGUCCUUAUGGUGUCUAUUUUGAUGACGAUGAUCAAAGUAUUUAUGUUGCUGACUGGGGAAAUCAUCGUAUUGUUGAAUGGAAAUGUAAUGCUAAGAAUGGUCAAGUUGUUGCGGGUGGAAAUGGAAACGGAAACCGUAUGGAUCAAUUGAGUUUUCCAACCGAUGUGCUUGUUGACAAGAAGAAUGAUUCUCUUAUAGUUUGUGACUGGGGAAACAGACGAGUGGUACGAUGGCCUCUUCGAAAUAGUACAAAUGUACUAACAAUCAUCUCGAACAUUCGAUGCUCUCAUCUAGCAAUGAAUAAUGAUGGAGAUCUGUAUGUCUCCGAUACUGAGAAGAAUGAAGUGAAACGAUGGAAAAAAGGACAGAGAGAUGGAACAGUCAUAGCAGGUGGAAAUGGAAAAGGACAUGAUCUUAAUCAGUUGGAUAGUCCGACUUAUAUCUUCGUUGAUCAAGAUUAUUCAAUCUAUGUAUCGGAUGAGAACAAUCAUCGUGUGAUGAAAUGGAUGAAAGGUGCUAAAGAAGGAACAAUAGUUGCUGGUGGAAAGGGUGAAGGGAACAGUCUCACGCAAUUGUCUCGCCCUGCAGGAAUGAUCGUUGAUCAAUCGGGUUGUGUCUAUGUGAAUGACUGUCGGAAUCAUCGAAUAAUGCGCUGGUCAAAAGAAUCUAAAGAUGGUUUUAUUGUUGGUGGUGGAAAUGGAAAAGGGGAACAACCAAAUGAAUUCAAUGGUCCCAACGGCUUAUCACUCGAUGGGGAAGGCAAUCUUUAUAUCGUUGAUCAAGGCAAUCAUCGAGUACAAAAACUCUGUGUGGGUUCAAGUCGAAAUUGA